AUGAACAGGUUUAUUUACUUUGGUGUGAUUCUUGACCCUCGAUACAAGCUUGGAUAUGUAGACGGGUGUUUUAAUGAUAUGUAUAGUGAUGAGUCAGUACCUUUUACUGACCUGAUUGGUAUGAUAAAAAGGGAGUUGUUUGAACUACUCAAUUGGUACAAGGGUAUAUAUGACCAGCAAUAUGGUUUUGGAUCAUCUACUAGUCCUAUUGAGGGUAGUUCACUUGGUGAUAGUGUUGUUCCUGAUGCUGAAGUAGCAUCUCAUUUUGCAAGGAUUGAAGCUUUUAAAGAGCACCUUAAACAAAAGGAUUCAAUAGAUAAAAAAAAUGAUCUUGAGAGAUACCUAGAUGAUAAGUAUGUUGAUGACUCCAACUCUGACAUCCUUAUGUGGUGGAAACAAAAUUCUUGUAGAUACCCUAUUUUAGCAAAAAUGGUUAAGGAUGUUUUAGCUAGUCACAUGUCCACUGUUGCUUCUGAAAGCACGUUUAGUACUGGGGGCAGAGUUCUAGACACAUAUAGAAGUUCAUUAAGCCCUAAAAUGGCAGAGGCUUCGAUUUAUGCACAGAACUGGUUGAAACCUACACUUAGUCAAUUCAAGGACCGAAAUAUAAAUGAAGAUUUUGAAGUGUUUGUCACUACUAUAUCAAAAUUUAAUGGUCCCUCUGCUAGAGGAUCAACAUCUGGUGGUGAUUCUGAUGCUGUUGGAAAAGGAAAAGAAUCAGUUGCUGGUUUAUCUCAAUCACCAUCAUGA